CAGAAAUUUAUCCGAAGCCGUUUCCGUGACAAAGCACAAACCGGAGAAAAAUCGAAUUUCAAGAUAUAGUCUUGACGAAAAUAGUGCAGACAAUCCAAUUAUCAUUGACAAUAGGAAACAAUCCAAUCAAUUAAAUCAAAAGCUUGAACCAAUAAUAAAAUAUGUACAAUAUCCUUACUUCAUACACCGUACAAAAAAUAAAAGUCUGCCCGUUUAUUCGGACUUUAGGAAUGGUAGAUCAAGAAUGCUGACAAUUAUAAGAAAGAUCGAAGGUGAUAUCCAGGCCCUCCGUAAUGACAUUAGAAAGGAGGUUUUUCCUCAUGAUACACCCAUCAACUCCAUGAUUUCGAUUAAUCAUACCAACAAUCAAGUGGUAAUUAAGGGGAAUAAUGUCUUCAAA